AUGGAUACACUUCCAAGCUCAAUCUGUCGAGCUUGCCGACUGCGGCUCCUCAAGCCAUCGACUUCCCGAGCCUUCAGCACAACCUCUCCUCGCUCGUACAUCCCACCGGAGUCUCCUGCCUUUGUUGAUGUCCCACAGCCUCUUCAACCAGUUCGAGAUUUUCACCCUCGCGCAAAGGGCAUUCUCCCUGUCCCUCGUGAGCUUUUCCCGGCCCGGCGGCCAGACAAACCUGGCCAGCAAUACCUCGACAAUGUCACACCCGAUCCCCGUCCCGAAAAUAUCCUUCCUCCAGAGCAUCUGACCGAGACGGGGAGGUACAAACGACGUAUGGCCGAGUUGAGGAAGACUCAUCUACGUUCGGCGCUGAAAGAACUGCACAUUCGGAAGACGUCUAUUGACGCUAGCAUCGCCGCUCGCAGCGCUGCCAAACAGCGUGAACGUGCCCGACUCCUGACACAAACCGAACGCGAAGACGUCCGUCUCACCAACGUUACCGUUCCUAGCGCAAUGCGUCCGCAAAAGAUUCACGAAUUGUCGGUCGAAGAGGAGCUCGCCACCUAUAACACCCGCAAGGCGGCACAUGAAGCUCGCCUGGCAGCAAAACAUGAAGAUCGUCUCGACAAACUCCACACUCUAUAUAUCAAUUCGCGAACAUUCAUCACAGAUAAGGAUCAACUCAGUGCGGCGAUCGAAAAGGCAUUUACCACGACAGGAAGUAUCUGGAGGAAAGAUGGCAGGCCAGAUACUGUGGAAGAGAUGAUCAAGCGCGGAAGGGACAGGACAGCGGAUCAGGGACGAGGUGGCAUGAUGCUGUUCAGUGAUGUCAAUGAACGGGCAUUGAAAGACCAGGAGAGGAUGAAGAAGAUUGCAGAGAAAUUGAGCGGUGGAAAGCUGUGA